AUGCGUUUUGAAGCAUUGGCUUAUAUAGGCCUGGCUGGCUCUGCAACAGCCAGCGUCAUCCUCUCAAAUGAUGUUCCUCUUACUGGUCCCUCUUUUCUCCCCAACUUCGACAUUUCCAAGACAGAUUUUCUCAAUGAAGCCAAGCAAAAGUUCCCAUCUUUGGUGGAAGAACUGUUCGAUACCAAGAUCCUGAACAAAACAGACCUUAUUUUUGCUGUUGAUGUCUUUUCAGCCUCGACCAAUGAUUCGCUUUACAGCUACUUCCAUGUCGGCGAUACCUACAAACAUACUCUCACAAAGGGAAACCUGACUGAGGACACAAUCUUCAGAACAGGCAGUGUGACAAAGGUCUUCACUGUGUAUGCUAUUAUCGCUAAGGCUGGCAUUGAGGCAUUGAGCUAUCCGGUGUCCAUUUUCCUGCCCGAGCUCUUGGGUAAUACCUCUAGCAACCCGCUGGAGAGAAUAGACUGGAGUGAAAUCACUGUGGGGGCACUUGCUUCACAUCAGGCUGGCACCAGCGGCCCGGGACAAUACCUUAAGCCGGGAUUCGACGGGAACGAUCGCAAGGCGUUUCUUGAAUUUAUGCGGGAUACACAGACCCCCACGAUGGGCCCUUGGCGAAGUGCACUGUACUCGGAUGCUGGCUUUGGAGUUCUGACUCUGAUCCUCGAGCGACUCACUGGCCAAGAGUACAAGGACGCCAUUAAAGAUAUCAUCUUUAAACCGCUUGGAAUGAACUCUUCCUCUGCAGUGGUCCCUAAUGGCACAGACGUGGAUGCCGUAGCGCGGACUGGGCUCGUAUCAUGGGGCACCGAUGUCCCUAUUGUGGCUGGAUCUGGUGGCAUAUAUUCCUCUGUCAAAGACCUCCGACUCGCAGGACUCUCUAUCCUCAACUCUGAACUCCUCUCAUCUUCCACUACUCGCGAGUGGAUGAAACCUCGAAGCAGCACCGGCACUCUUGUCGAGCUUGUCGGAGCACCCUGGGAAAUCACGCGUCUCACCCUACCUACUGGCCCUGGCUCAAACCGCACCCGUGUCUCUGACCUCUACCUCAAGGCUGGUGGUACAAAUGAUUACACCUGCUUCAUCGCCCUGUCGCCAGACCAUGGUAUUGGCUUCUCAAUCCUGAUUGCUGGAGAAACUGCUACCCCUGCGCGUUGGCCGCUCCGCGAUGUUACAGGAACAACCUUCAUCACAGCAGCUGAGUAUGCUGCGGCAGAAAGUGCCGAUAAAAACCUCACUGGCACAUUCGUCGUCAAAGGCUCCGAGACAACAAACAUGACCAUUGAAGUCACCAAAGGAGAGCCUGGAUUGAAGUUGAAGUCCUGGUACGUUGAAGGAAAAGAUGUAGUUGAGGAUACUUCGUCUCGCCUCUACCCAAUGGGUCUCUACUCCAAUUCUCGCUCCCUGGCCGCACAAUACAACAUCAAGGGUAAGGUUUCUGCAGCUUUCCGAGUGGUUACUGGACUUGCCCCUCCGGCACCUCGUGCUGCUGUUGAGGGCGGAAAAGGAGGAUUGUUUGACCAUAGUCAGGCUUGGAUGAACAUCGGAGCUUCUGGGACGGCCGAUGAGCUCAUCUUCAAUAUGGAGGAUGCAAGAGUCGUUAGCAUCAUCAGUCCCUACGAUGACAUUCACAAAAAGUCGGUCUCCAUGGUGCCUGCAAUCGAGUCUCCCAAAGAUCGAAUCAGCGCGGCAGCAGCUGAAGGAGAGCGACUACUGUCGGUUAUAGCUGCCACUGAAGAUACUGUAGCCACUCUAACCCAGGUCAAACUCGACCUUGCUGCCCUCAAAAACAUAUGGUAUGAUGCAGACGCGUUAUAUAGCGAAAUAUCCGCUCGCCUCGAAACGGAACAGAAGGAAUUUGAAGCUCUGCGAGAUAGCCACUUCAAGAAAUUCUUUGCCGGCUCACAGUAUAAGGAGAAGCUUAACAAGGAAGAGAAUGACGUGAUAGAGCUGCUGGAGUGGCAGGCCAAGGCGGACAAGACGCGCAAGGAGCUCAAGGCCAAGCUGGACGACAUGAAGGAGCGGAGGCAGAAGUUAGAACACAUGAUCGAACAACGUGUGCAAGCCCUGAAUGAACUCGAGAAACUUUAUGCAGUUGUCUUUGACGGGCCUUCGCCAGAUAAUGCUGAAGAAGAUAUGCUCGAGGCAGAGAUGGAAGCAGCUCAACAGUCUGGCCGAGGCGUCACAAUUCCUGGCCCUGGCUCAGGGCUCGAUCCCGAAGUCGGCGGGUUUAUCAUGCCCAAGGUUGCAGACGGCAAAAGCGCUAUUGGCAGACUCGAUGACUGGAACAACACACCCGUGACUGACUACCUGUUCCAUCGGGAGAUCGAAGCAACGGCAGAGGGUAUAGCUGCGGCGGGCGCGAUUGUAGAUGAGGAGCUACGAAAGGCUGAGGAGAAGAAGAGGACAUGGACUGAAAAGAGGGAUACUGCAGGCAAGGAACUGAAUCAAGCAAGAGAGAAACUGCAACAGUUACGAGCCCGGAUCUUUGAGGACGCUGUUAUUGGUCAAGGAAGCUCAGCAGUGCCGUCCCAUGAGCAAGCGACAGUAAAUGAGCACCCGCCACAGUAUCGAGAAUCAGAACAUUAG